UUAAAAAAAAGUUAUUUUAUAGUAAAAUGCCACCAAAAAAGAAGUUGAAGCUUACUCAAAAUAAGGCUGAAGUAUUUCUAGUAAAGAAAGUUAGAGAAAAUCUUUCAUGUUAUAAACUUCCUACUGGCAUAGAGGUUUAGCAAUACUACCUAUAUCUAAGAAACUUGAAUCCCAAAGUAAAGAAAACGGUUUUAAUUAGGUGUCAUUUCGAAAUUAAUUCAUUUGAGCUCAGAUGCCCUCCACAAGCUGACUGUUGUGUAAUGUCUAAAUUGGUAAGGCCAUGGAAUCUUGCAGGGUUCCCUAUCAUAACCUUGGAAAAUAUCAGAAAGAAGAUUGAUAAAAUGAUGAACAACUAUUACAAGUUAAAGAAGAAUAGCAAAAGGAACAGCCCAACAGAUGCGAAAAGGAAUGAGGCAUUUUUUGAAGAAAUGUUAAAAUGCUUUUGGAUUAGUAAAAAAAAAGAAGAACUAAUUGAAGAUAUUAUAAAAGACAGGAGAAGGACAUCCGAAGCCAAAAAUGAAGAUAUUAUGUUUAUCUUAGACCAAAUUGGAAAUAGGAUAGGAAGAAUAGAAACAAAUGAUAAAAGGUUUACGUACACUAUUAAGAGAUCCCACAAAAAAUUGUGUUCCAUGUUAAACAUGGAGAUUAAAGUAAACAAUGGUAACAAUCUAUACAGUUUAGAAAACUCUUCAAGUAGUGAUAAUAAUUCUGACUGUGAAUAUGUAGCAGAUAUAAAAAAAGAACAAUCUACCUCUGUUGUUUUGUUACCAAAAAAUAUUUUAAAAGAAACAGCUCUCACAGCAAUAGGUGAAGGACUUUCAGUUAGACAACACACUGCAAUAGUGGCAAGUGUUAUUGCUAAUUCAGGAGGUGAUGUUACUAAUUUUGCAAUAUCUUCUUCAAUCGCAUUUAGAGUUGCAGAAGAAAUUGUAACUAAAGAGGGAGAAAAGAUUAAAAAGCACGUUACUGAUCUUGUUAAAUCUUCAUCAUUACCAAUUAUUCUCCAUUUUGAUGGAAAAAUAGUUAAGGAGUUCACAAGCGGAAUAGAACAUCAACUUGACAGACUUGCUGUUUCCAUCAGGAUAGAUGGACAGAGUGAACUUCUUGGGGUUUCUCAUUUGAGCUCUAGUACUGGAGAAACACAGAAGAAUACAAUCAUAAAACUUCUUCAUCAAUUUGAUAUUUUUGAUAAAUUACAAGGAUGCGUUUUUGAUACAACUUCUGUAAAUACUGGUAAUAAAAAGGGUGUGUGCAUUAGAUUAGCUGCAGAGCUUGAUAGACCACUACUUCUCCUAGCAUGUAGGCAUCACAUCUAUGAAAGGCAUAUUAUUCACUGCUGGAAUAUUUAUCCAAGCAGUAAAAUAAAUGGUCCAGAUAAUCCAUUGUUUAAGAAGCUUAAAGAUGUAUGGAACUCAAUUGAUCAAAAUUCCAUUGUGUUAAACAAAGUAAAAAUUGAAGAUAUUUCUGAUAGCUGGCUGCAGGUACAGUUCAAAGAAGCCUUAUCUUUUUCUCAAAAUAUUAUCAGAAUGAAAAAAAUGAAAAAGGUAUUUAAAAUUUUGAAUAAAGUGAAUACUCUAUAAUAAAAUAAGUUUAGUAAGGUACUGUUUUGUGUCUAAAUAAAUAAUCUUAUUUAGGAUGGAUGUAGGUCUGAUUAUCUAGAGUUAGUGAAAUUGACAACAAUGGUUUUAUCUGGUGAUGAACAGUACAGGCUAAGAAAACCUGGGCCUGUACACCAUGCCAGAUUUAUGGCAAAGGGAAUAUACUUUCUGAAAAUGUAUCUCCUUCUAAACAACAUUUCUAGCUUGACAGAUUUUGAGAAGAAAGAAAUAAAUGAUAUGGCAUUCUUCACAGCUGUAUUUAACACUGAGUGGUUUAUAAAGGCUGAAAUUCCGGCUGUCGCUCCAUAUCAGGUGACAUUUCUAUGUUUUAAAAGUUUUUAAUCAUUUUGCUUUUUAUUACUUUUUUUUCUUUGAAAAUUUUGUGUAAUAUUUCAUAGUCUAAAAAUCUUUAGGAUAUGAAAGCUCUUUGGCAGAUGAUGAGAUACUUAAAAAUCAAUCCUGUCCAGGCAAAACCUGUUAUAGAGUCUCUAAAGAGACACACCUGGUACAUAGACCCGAAUAUUUUAGUUAUGUCUCUUGUUGACAAAAAUGUACAAGAACGGAGUGACAUUGCCAAGAAGUUGUACUCAACCCCAAGACCUACAACUUAUGCCAUAGAAAGACAUCAAGUUAAUUUAAAUAUACUGAACUCCCUUAUGUUUAAUGAUGAUACUCCCCCAAGUUUGACCCCGCUUAUAACUGACCAGAGUUGGUUAAUUUUUCAUAUCUUAAACCAUGCAAAUGCUGAAGUACAGUGGCUUAAGACUCCAUCUGAGACAUGGGAUCUAAAUGACUAUUACUUAGAAUUCAAACAAUUUGUGAAUAAUCUUGAAGUAGUAAAUGACUGUAGUGAGAGGGCUAUAAAACUAGUUCAGGAGUUGAUCAAUAAAUCGCAUAAUGAGGAUAAAAGACAAAGUACCUUCCUCAUAUCAAACAAAUAUAAGAGUGAAAGAACAAUUUAAAAAAAAUGUGAUUAUGUAAA